UAAAAUGCAGGAGCUGAUUGCCUGCCUAUUUGGCAAAUGGACUGAAGAUAGAACUCGUGUGUUUUCUUCCUUCUUACUUUGAUGUGUAUUGUUACUUCUUACAGGGUUCAAGUAGUGACUCAUUGGACACUGAAGAUCGGGUUCGGGCUCUGGAAAAAGAGAUCCAGUUGUUAUUUGAGCAGUCAAUGAUGAACACGGAUAGCAUUCGGAGUUUAGAAUCACAUGCGGACGAAGCAAAAGAAAAGAUGGAGACUGCAGCUUCUGAAGUUCAAAAGUUGGAGAAUAUAGUUACUGAACAGUGGAUUCAAAUACGCCAACUCGAGCAGGCAUUUCAAUCAACCAAGAUGACAACAAAGAAAGUUCUCAAAAGAAAUAGACAAAAAGAAGAGCUCAAGAAUCAAAUUCCUUUCAAGGAAACUGUGAGCAAGGCUUUCCAGUUUAUCAGGAGUACUGGUCACCAUGCCUCAGAAGUUAUCCUAGCUGAUUCAUUCUUUUUAAGGGCUUCUUUCUCAAAAUAAGCCAUACCUGAAGCAUAUAAACAGCUCAAAGUCUUUAUGUCACUUGUCAAAAAAUGUCACCAUGAGCUCCAAGAUUCAAUUAGACAUGACUUGAAAAUGAAUGAGUUCACUGCUGAUCUCGGC